AUGGCAGAAGCAAAGACUUACAAUGUUCCAAAAACAUGCAAAGCAGGCGUAGUCAUCAACGAGGGCCCAGACUUCAAGCUCGAAGUCGAAGAUGUGCCAGUACCUGAGCCCGGACCAAACGACGUCCUCAUCAAACUAAACACCACAGGCAUCUGCUACUCGGACAUCCACUACAUGCUUAACGACCUCCCUUUCCCCACCAUGUCCUCCUUCGGCGUCCGUAGCCCCGGCCACGAGGGUGCAGGCAUCGUUGUCAAACUCGGGUCCAACGUGAGUAACUGGAAAGUCGGCGAACGCGCAGGUAUCAAACCCGUAUACGACGUAUGCGGGUCUUGCGAACUCUGCUGGACCGGGAAGGAAGCUUACUGCGAUGAAAGUCCCCAGAUUGGCUUGCAGUUCACGGGGAGCUAUCAGCAGUAUGUACUCAGUCCGGCAAGAUAUACGCAGCGCAUUCCGGAGGGCGUGGAUGACUUUAGUGCGGGCCCGAUUAUGUGCUCUGGCAGUACUAUUUACUGCUCGCUCAAGGAGAGUGGGCUGAAGCCGGGUGACUGGGCUGUGUUUCCUGGCGCAGGAGGAGGGGUGGGUCAUAUGGGAGUUCAGCUUGCGAAAGCGAUGGGUAUGCGGGUUGUUGGUGUUGAUGGAGGUGAGGAGAAGAAAGCGCUGUGCAUGAAACUUGGGUGUGAGGCUUUUGUCGACUUCACGAAAGUUGAUAAUGUGGCUGAGGAGGUCGUCAAAAUCUGUGAUGGGAGAGGCGCACAUGGAAUAUUUGUGACGGCUACGAGUGCCUCGGCGUAUUCAAGUGCGCCUAUGAUGGCUAGAAUUGGUGGCAAGAUUAUGUGUAUUGGUCUACCUCCUGCUGGAACUGCUAUCGCGGGAGGAGAUCCGCUGCUCAUGGUGGGGAAGAACUUGCAUGUCAUUGGCACCAAAGUGGGUUCACUUUACGACACUACAAAAGCGCUAGAGUUUGCUGCUCAAGGAAAGCUCAAGCCUAUAUACGAAGUAUUCCCAGUCGCAAGAAUGCCAGAGGCUGUUGAAAAGCUUCGAGGUGGCAAGGUGGCGGGUAGGCUCGUAGUUGACUUUAACGCAUGA